GGGCCGCACGGGUCCCCGCGGACAGCCAACAUUGAUUUCCUCCGGACCGAGGGCGACGGCCCGGGCGGCGGCGGACUGCAGCCGCGGCACGGCGACAGCAUGUCCAAGCCGGUGGACCACGUCAAGCGGCCCAUGAACGCUUUCAUGGUGUGGUCGCGGGCUCAGCGGCGCAAGAUGGCCCAGGAAAACCCCAAGAUGCACAACUCGGAGAUCAGCAAGCGCCUGGGCGCGGAGUGGAAGCUGCUCACUGAGUCGGAGAAGCGGCCGUUCAUCGACGAGGCGAAGCGCCUGCGCGCCAUGCACAUGAAGGAGCACCCCGACUACAAGUACCGGCCGAGGCGCAAGCCCAAGACGCUGCUGAAGAAGGACAAGUUCGCCUUCCCGGUGCCCUACGGCCUGGGCGGCGUGGCCGACGCCGAGCAUCCGGCGCUCAAGGCGGGCGCCGGGCUGCACGCGGGCGCGGGCGGCGGCCUGGUGCCGGAGUCGCUGCUCGCCAACCCCGAGAAGGCGGCCGCCGCCGCCGCCGCCGCCGCCGCGCGAGUUUUCUUCCCGCAGUCGGCCGCCGCCGCAGCCGCUGCCGCCGCCGCUGCCGCCGCCGGUAGCCCCUACUCUCUGCUCGACCUGGGCUCCAAGAUGGCAGAGAUCUCCUCGUCGUCCUCCGGCCUCCCGUACGCGUCGUCGCUGGGGUACCCGACCGCGGGCGCGGGCGCCUUCCACGGUGCGGCCGCCGCGGCUGCAGCGGCCGCUGCGGCCGCCGGGGGGCACACGCACUCGCACCCCAGCCCGGGCAACCCGGGCUACAUGAUUCCGUGCAACUGCAGCGCGUGGCCCAGCCCCGGGCUGCAACCGCCGCUCGCCUAUAUCCUGCUGCCGGGCAUGGGCAAGCCUCAACUGGACCCUUACCCCGCGGCCUACGCCGCCGCGCUAUGACCCCGCGGGGCCGCCUUGCGAGGACCAGUGUGCACACGUGUACAUAUGUAUAGGUACGAGGUCUGCGGCCUCCGCGUAUGCCCUCCCGCGAUGGGGCCCCGGGUUGUAUAUACAUAAGAUGUAUAGGUGCCAGGCAGAGGCAGUGAUGCCAGUCGGGGCGCGAGUGCGCGGGCGAGUGCGCGUGUGAAUUCACAGGAUCAUUUCAGACCUGCACUUCGGCAGCCAGCUUUAAAGAGGGCAGUUGUAUCCUGCAGCAGUUGGUGUUUGUUUUGCACUUCGGAACCUGUUGCAUUUUGGCCCACAGAGGUGGAGUAGUAACUUUUUGACAUGUUGGGUUCUACUGUUUUGUUUGUUGGAAGUUUAUUGUCGGUUUUGUUUUUGUUUCUCAUUAUCC